CAGGUGAUGGAACUGGACUUAUUGUCCCUUAGCUCAGUCAGGCAAUUCGCAGCUCAGUGGGAUCAAAGUGGAAAGCCCCUUCAUAUUCUCAUCAACAAUGCCGGGAUUCUUCUCCUGGGAGAGCCGACGCAAUUUUCGGAGGAUGGACUUGAGAAGCAUAUUCAAGUUAACCACAUUGCGGCCUCGCUGCUCACCCUUCUUCUGCUCCCUUCAAUGCUCAAAGCCAACUCUGCUCGCAUUGUUAACGUCAAUUCCGUGGGACAUCACUGGGGAGUUGUGGAACCCGAGUCCUGGAAAGUGGGUGCCAAGGAAGAACGUAAGUUCAGCAGCAUGACGUCCUAUGGAUCAAGCAAACUAGCCCAGCUCAUGUUUCUAAAGGCUCUAAGCACGAAGCUCGUAAGUAUGGCAAAGACUUCGGUACUAUGCGUAGCCGUGCACCCUGGAAUCGUCGAAUCAAACUUGCUGUCAGAUGGCAGGAUGAGAGCAUUUUGGAUGCUGGAUCCUUCUGAAGGGGCCAGAAACGUCCUAUUUUGCUCUGUCGUAGCUGAUGUACCGCGCAACACCACCGAGAACUUUGCAUACUAUAGCCAGUGUAAGCCAGGAAGGAUGUCGGGCCUUGCAGAUGAUCCGAAGGAAUGCUUGAGAGUUUGGGAUGAAACACUGCGCAUUUUGGGUUUGAGUCCCAACGACUAUCCAGACAUGUUGGUUGAAGCUUUAGGUGUGAAAAUAAGACGUUCAAUAUGGUGGGGGAAUGAAAAGUUGUACAGAGAAUUGCAGCAUAACUAUGAUGUGUUGGGCGACUAUUGA